CCCAACCGAAACCUCAUUCCACAGCGAAAUGGACAUGAUGCUAACGCCUGAGCAGGAGGCGAUGCUUCACGGCAAGAGGGCAGCGGGCGACCUCACCACACUCUGGGAGGAUGUUGACGGCUUUCCGCUCAUACCCUUCACGUUUACUGACCAUGAGGUGGAUCGCACCCCCGUGCUACUCGCCAUCCACGUUUGGCAGGCCAGCACUUGCAUCCAGUUCCUAGAGGUGGAAACGGACUACGUUGGGCCGCACCUGCGUUUCCAGAGGAACGGCGACGCCUGCAUGUCAAACGUCGGGAGAGAUUCGUCCACGGGCCAAGACGUCUACAUUUCCGUGGCCUGCGAGAUGAGUCAUGGGAUGUUGCUGCGUAUUCUCGGCCACGCGAUAGGCCUAUGGAACGAGGAGAUGCGCUCUGACCGAGACUCCUAUGUUAGGAUCAUCUCCAAUAACGUGUUGGAAGAUGAAUUGGGAUUCUUCUUGAUUAAUGGCGACGAUACCCACGGCGUUCCCUACGAUUACUGUUCCAUCAUGCACAGCCAUGAAAGGAUAUUCACCGGAAAUGGCGAAGGGACCAUUGCAACACUGGACCCGCUGUACAAGUCUUCUAUCGGCCGAACGCAGGGACUUUCUCACAUGGAUCUGCUACAAGCAAACAGGAUGUAUCAGUGUUCAGAUAAACUGCAAAGUGAAUGUUCAUUGGCCAGUGAUCCUUGCGUUAACUAUGGCUUUCUUAAUAGGUCUUGCCUUUGCGCAUGUCCAGAAGGCACAAGUGGAGACUUCUGUGAGACGAUGACUAAUACCUAUAACGGAAACUGCUUGAUGCCGUUAUCAGAAGUCAUCACGGAGCCGACCACGAUCGUCUCGCCGUCGGUUGACAGAUCUCUAUGGGAAGACCCUACAGAGAUCCGAUUUUCGAAGUACAUUCAGGCGCCAGCGAAUCAUGUCAUUGUAUUAAUAUUUGACAAAUUCGACAUCUACCCGAGGACGCAGCACUACGUGGCCGAGGACAUGGCAGUGGACAUGUGCUGGUACGACAGCGUGGAACUAUGCCUGGACAAUUUGUACGACGGAGAGUGGUACUGUGGCACGGAGCUUCAGGGCCAGAACAUUACGUCGGUCGGGGAUUCAAUGGUCUUGCACUUUCUGACGAGACUGAAUUUUAUGCCUGGAUUCAGUGUCACAGUCAACUUCGUGGAGGUGCCUCCACCCGAGGAGCAGUGCACGCUCUACAUUUUCCACGGCGAGGACGAGACCAUGUUCACGGCCAUGCACUGGUAUUCCCCAAACAUAGAAAAACAAUGA